UACACGUGUUUUUAUUUGUUACAAUGUAUGAUAGUAUUCUUUAUAAAAGGAUUUUUUUAUUACGUAUCUAUAAAUAUAAUUAAUUUUGACAUAUAUCGUUAUACUCUCUAAUAUUAGUUUAAAUUUUGUUUAGCAUUAAAUUCUAACCUAUAUUUAGCAUUAAUAUAUUUCUCCCGCGUUUGUGAUCAGUUCGACGAAGCAUUUCUACGGUGUUUGUGUCUUGUGCUUCAAACGUAAGUUAAGCCUUAUUAGAUUGAAGUGGAAAAAAACACUUUGAUACCAGAUUUUUCAAUCUCAAACAUUAAAACAAGAAACGUGUUCAUAAGGUUAUGUUGGAAGAGGUUAUGUUGCCGCAACAUUAUUUUAAUUGAAGCAUAAUAGUAUAGUAGAAUAUAGCAAGAAAACUUUUUAAAGUUUUUAAUCAAAAUAUACAAAUAUGCCAACUUGGAAUCAAAUUCAAGCUCAACUACGAAAUCCGAAUAAUCCAGUGGUAUUUUUCGACGUAUCUGUAGGCACUACAGAAAUCGGACGAAUGAUUUUUGAGCUUUUCGAAGAUGUUUGUCCAAAAACAUCGGAGAAUUUUCGACAAUUCUGCACCGGAGAGUACAGAAAAGACGGUGUAUCUUUAGGUUUUAAAGGUGCCAUAUUUCAUAGAGUCAUUAAAGACUUCAUGAUCCAAGGCGGUGAUUUUGUGAAUGGCGAUGGUACUGGAGUCAUAAGCAUCUAUGGUGGUGGAACAUUUCCUGAUGAAAAUUUUACAUUAAAACAUGACUCACCUGGAUUGUUAUCCAUGGCCAACAGUGGCAAAGACACUAACGGCUGUCAAUUUUUCAUCACUUGCGCCAAAUGUAAUUUCUUGGAUGGUAAACACGUUGUUUUUGGAAGAGUUAUCGAUGGACUUCUAGUUAUGAGGAAAGUAGAGAAUGUUCCCACAGGGCCAAACAACAAACCAAAAAUUCCUGUGACGAUAUCUCAAUGCGGACAAAUGUAAUAGCUAACUAAUUAUAUUUUAUACUUUUAAAUGUAAGAUAUGCUAUAAAAAAGUUUGACAUAUUUCUUCAGAAUAA